UCUCUGAUUUAUUCUUCACGUGAAAUGCGCCGGUUCAGAACUUCUGAUGCCUCUCAAGCUACUUUAUCCAGUGUAGCGCCAGUGUUUACUGUGACAAAAUUUGACAAAGAGGGAAAUGUUACUUCUUUUGAAAAGAAGAAAACUGACUUAUAUCAAGAAUUAGGUCUUCAAGCCAGAGAUUUGAGGUUUCAGCAUGUGAUGAGCAUCACAACCAGAAACAAUAGGAUUAUCAUGAGAAUGGAGUAUUUGAAAGCUGUGAUAACUCCAGAGUGUCUUCUGAUAUUAGAUUAUCGUAAUUUAAAUUUAGAGCGAUGGCUGUUCCGGGAACUCCCUUCACAGUUGGCUGGGGAAGGACAGCUUGUCACCCACCCCUUACCUUUCGAGUUCCGGGCUACAGAAGCCCUCCUACAGUAUUGGAUCAGCACUCUUCAGGGGAAACUUAGCAUUUUGCAGCCACUGAUCCUUGAGACAUUGGAAGCUUUAGUGGAUCCCAAACAUUCUUCUGUAGACAAAAGCAAACUGCACAUCUUACUACAAAAUGGCAAAAGUCUGUCAGAGUUAGAAACAGAUAUUAAAAUUUUCAAAGAAUCCAUUUUGGAGAUCUUGGAUGAAGAAGAGUUGCUGGAAGAACUGUGUCUGACAAAGUGGAGUGACCCGCAAGUCUUUGAAAAGAGCAGUGCUGGAAUCGACCAUGCGGAAGAGAUGGAGCUGCUCUUGGAAAACUACUACCGAUUAGCUGAGGAUCUUUCCAAUGCAACCCGGGAACUCAGGGUACUGAUUGAUGAUUCACAAAGUAUCAUAUUCAUCAAUCUGGACAGCCACCGUAAUGUGAUGAUGAGGUUGAACCUACAGUUGACCAUGGGAACCUUCUCUCUCUCUCUCUUUGGACUAAUGGGAGUUGCUUUUGGAAUGAAUUUGGAAUCUUCCCUUGAAGAGAUGGCCUCUUUACCCAAGAAGUCCCUUCAAGCAGACAGAAGGCUGGAAAUGAAGCACAGCUUCCGGCCCGAUGGUCUUGGAUCAGGCAAGAGCGUCCUGACAAACCGUUAAGAGACAUCAACACAGGAGAGACCGGGUUCCUUUUCAUGGUAGUCACAGGAAACUUCUGGUACUCUUUUUCUUUUAUAGAGUCAGACACUUGAAAAAAAUCACUAAAAUUGUAAUGUCUGAUGAUAAAGAUAUCAUGGCACUCCACAAUGCUGGAACUUAACUGCAUUUUCAAAAUUGAGGAAAGAAGCAAAAACCUUAAAAUGCUGUUUUUAUAGGCAUGUGAGAAUUGAUUGUUGUAUAGAUUUUCUGAUUUGUACAUGUCUCAGGCCAAGCAAAGCCUGAAAACUUGACAGGCCCACAGUGACAAGAUCAGGUAGCAGUUCUUAGUAAGGGGAUCAUGUUCUUGGGAACUUUGUCUCAGGUAAGGUAGGAAAAUCCAUAAAUGAACUCUGAAAGUUUGUCCUUUAAAUCAACCUUUAACGUACCGUAUUUUCUUGUAUUUGUCCCCCUUUUAUGGAUUCCAGUUAAUCAAGAUUUUAUUCUCUUGACCCCUGAAACUAUUUUUCUCUGCUUGGCUAUAAUGGAAGCCUUUGGAAGUAAUGUUGAAACUAUUUCCAUCCUGUUACUGCUCUUAGGUCAUUCCCUGUCUUUAGAGUAGAUGAAAGUGUACGUAGCCCAGUUAAUCUAUAUGCCUGCACCUCAGAGGUUCAAACUUCAGAGUGUCCAGAGCAGCUCUUCUACUACACAUGAUAAUGUUGGGCUUACCUGCUACUGUAAUAGGAUGUCAUGGGAGGUAGUUUAGGAGUCCAUUUACCAAGUAGUUUCGUGAUGGGAGUAAAAAUGCUAUUCCAGUAGCUGGUUUGAGAGAAGACAGAGUUGUACCUUUCCCCACUCCCAUGUGUGGUUAGAAGAAGCCACUAGAAGCUGGAGGAUGCGAUGGCCAGGCUGGGUUGGUCUCAGCACAGAGUGGCCCACUCGGCACCUCCCUGUGGGUCAGGGGCACGCUUGAGGUGUGGGUGUCGGAAUGUGGGAAUACAGAACUCUCUAGCAUCAUAAAUGUGAUGACUUUGAAGACACUUUGAUAACCUUUCCAUCUCAUGGGACACUCCGCUUUGUCACUAGGUAACCUAUCACUAUGACUUCGCUGUGACAUGCGAAGAAUUGAAAGCCCAAGGGGCUUGAUUUGACUCUGAUCAGGCACAGAAUUUGGGCCUUUUUCUUUUGGGUGUGAGUUUGUGGAAUAAUUUUUUUUCCAGGAGCAACUACCUCUUAAGUGUGAUGUAGAGAAGUUACUGGUGUUAUAUAAAGUUCUUGAAGGUGGUUAGAUCAAGGAAGAUUUCAAAAUGUCAACUCGCUCUGCUAACCUAAGAAGUUAGGCGAUUUUAAAUUUUGAAUUAAAAUGAGCACAAGUGUUUGGUUAUGUGAGCAAGCAGUCUUAUUCCGUUUAACAAGUUCAAGGAAUGAUAUUAGACUGUUUUUGGAAGGCCUCUAAAGAAAUGUGACCGAAGAUAGCAAACUGUGAGAAAUUAACCACUAAAAUAAAAAGCUUUUGGGCACGUUA